AUGUCCGAGGUCACCUUCGCCAAGACGUUUCUGGCUACGCUGGACAAGCGACCUAUCAAGCUCCCAGCAGAUCAUGUCAGCGAUCCGAGGAAGUAUCCCGGGCAGUCGCCUUUCGUCCUACCAAGGCAAACCCACCCGUUUCCAAGGAAAGGCCCGACAUCAUCUGGACAGCAAGCCAAGAACAAGACGGUCACAGCUACACUAAAGCCUAUGCGAGGCGGAGAGACGAUCACAGUAUCAGACUUGACGCUGCAGAGUACCAUACACGAUGUCAAGACGCAGUACGCGCAGAAGAGCGGCCAGGCGCAGGAUAAGAUCAAGCUGCUGCUCAACAAGAAGCCGGCGGCGGACCUCAAGACUCUGUCUGAGCUAGGGAUCGAUGGGGAGACGGUGGAGCUUACAGUGAUGCUUAUGGGUGGUGCGGGUGGUGCAGCAACACCUAAUGCCGCUAGUCCCGCUGUUGAGAAGAGCGAAGCAAUUGCUACGGGAGCAGCGGCGGCGGCAGCCCCUGUAGCAGCUGACAAGAUGGACAUCGAUCCCAAAAAUCCAGCACCCGAGAGUGAGAAGGCGAAGGUAGAGGCUGCCUCGAAACCUGCUGCGGAUGCAAACACGGCGGAGAGUAUACUGAAGAGUGAGGAGUUUUGGUCGGAUUUGCAAGGAUUCUUGUCGCAGCGUCUUCGGGAUGAGGGUGAAGGUCAGAAGUUGGCCAAGGUCUUCAAGGAGGCGUAUGGGAAGAAAUAG